GUGAUUAUCGGUAGGUACAAUCAGGGGUGGAGCCUAGCAUGGCCAGGGCAUUAUUGGACUAGGGGGAUAACUUUUGAAUAGUUGUCAUGGUAUUGUAGCAUUUCACGGGCAAUGGAGGCGAAAACGAACGCUGGAGAAAUUGUAGCAUUUCACGCCUAAAUCGAAUCGAAACGGAUUUCUUGGUAAACUCAGACGAUGAAAUCGAGGAGUCGUUUCGUUAUAAAUCGCCACCGGUCCACCGUCAUCGUCUAUCGACUUUCAAUCCACAAAUCACAAUCAAUGACUGAUUAUCUUGCUCCUCUUCUCAUCGUUCUCGACAUCUCCACGCUCUAGACCUCCAGUUCUCCCAAAAUCCAAAUCGUCAAAUCGAUUCACUAAUUCUCGACAGUCCAAUACAAAUUUGAAAGGCAUUCCAUCCUGUUUAAAUAGAAAAUCAGAAACCGUUCCAGACUUUUUAACCAGCCGAAAAUUGAGUGAAGCAAACGCAGUUUUCUGCUUUCUCCAAUCUCCAAAUCGGGUUUUGGAGCAAAACAGAAUGCAUAAUGAUCUGGUUGUGAUGUGUAAAUGAACACAAAAUCUCAUAAAUGUACAAUGGGUUUUAGGCAUGGCAUAAUUGGAAUGAUUGUUGAUAGACUAAGUAGCUUGCCAGAUGAUCUUAUUCAUAAAAUCCUCUCUUUUAUUAGCCUGAGACAGGCUAUUGAACUGAGUGUUUUGUCAUCUAGAUGGAGGUUUAUCUGGACUUCAUUGCCAUAUCUCAAUUUCAAUGAACCCCAUUCUUCACCCCACUCUUUGAAAUUUGUUUCUAAUGCUUUGUCUCAACGCAAUAAUCAAACACAAGUAUAUUCAAUCAACAUCACGUUUAGCAAUAAAUCUUUCAAACGAAUUCUCAACUACACAUUCUCUCACAAUAUCCAGCAGUUGAGUGUAUCUUUUUACUCAUCUUCCAUUAUCAUGACUUCCAUUUGGGACCUCUCAGCUUUAAAGACAUUACAUCUUGAUGGCAUCACAUUGUGUGAUGAUAAUACUGAUAAUUGCAUUGGUUUUCUAUCCAUGUGCACCAACUUGGAGAAUCUCUCGUUAAGAGGAUUCAAAGUGAGGGGAACAAAUGAUUUGACUCUAUGUCAUCCUCAAAUUUCCAAUCUCACACUUGAAAAUACACACUUGAAUUUGAAUUUGGACGUUAUCAAAGUGGUUGCACCUCAACUCAAGAAUCUCACUAUUAACUAUUUCAAUGGAAAGCAUCUGAUGAUUUCUGCACCUGGGCUUACCUCAUUGGAAAUAAAAAGUUGUCGUCUUUUUCAGCUAAGUGCUACACAAGGUUUCCCUUCUUUGGAGAAGGUGGAUCUCUGUUUUAUUAAUAGAAACCCACCAUACAUUGGAGAUCCUCGUAACUUAGAUUGUGUGCUCCAACAAAGUGUCAAAUUUCUUACACUAAACCUGGACAUUCUUGAGUGUUUUUCAUCCAUGAGAAUAAUGGCACCUCAAUCUUCUCCAUUUGCUAACUUAAAGAUUUCAAAGUUUUCAACGACUCAUCCAAUAAGGGUAUACUUGGAAGUGGGAGCCCAAGAGAAAUUAAGUACGUCCACUGAAAUAAAAAACUAUGAACAGCUAAAUACUUCUCCAAGUGCAAUCUGUACAUUUGUCUCAUCUGAGGAGAUUAGAGUUAUGAGGAAUGUUAUAUCUACACAAGAGGUUGUUGCAGAACUACGGGUGCUGCUAAAGCAGCGUAAAGCAUUUUGUGAUGCGAACAAGGAACAGCCCAUUGCUCCAAUGGAAAUGAUGCCACAUUUUAAGCAAAGCAAAAUGGAGGAGCUUAUGCAAAGUAAGAUUGAGGAAUUACUGACAAAGUUAAAACACAUUGAAGGAUUGUUGACUAAGCUGCCUGCAUCAAAGAGGCCUGCAAUGCAAGCACCAUUUUGCAUUGUGUGUGAUGAAGCUGCCAUUGUCACGGUUUCAUCAACAUACAACAUUGCUGCCCUUCUUGUAGCAAAUUGUUACAAUUUACCAUAACUUAUCUAUGAAAUUUUGGAUUUGAGGUUUCCACUCUCUUCUGAAAUUAGACCAGAAACAUCAUUUUUAGUCUGUUGAUCACCUUUAAGAUUGGCUUAUCAAACUGAAUAAAAGGACAUUUUGUAUUUCUUGUGUUUUGGAUCCAGGCAUCUCAUCCUUUCUAUUUUGUAUAUUAGUACUCUUUCAAUUGCAAUACAUCCCAUCAACUUAUACUGAUC